GCUGAGCGAACACGAACAGAUAGGAUCCAGGGCUCCGGCGGCGGACCUGGCUGUGUGCUGUACUGCGACCUCACCGGCGGCUGCCCUGCGACCUCGCCGUGGUCCGACGUACAACGGACAGCCGCCCCAUCCCCGUGCCUCCAUUCUCCACCUCCGCGCCACCCCCCACCACACCCGGCGCCUACCUCCGCCAUCCGCCGGCGGCUAGAUCCGUCGUCGCCAGAGAAGAGAACUCCAGCCCUUCAGGGAAUGAUGGAGUCAAUGACUAGUAUUGCUCCAAGUGUCGGGUCAACUACAACGAUGGGACUUGAAGAUGAUGCCAACGAUUUUUCCAUGGUCCAAACGAGAUUUGGCAUAAAUGAUGAAGAUCGUUACAGCACACCGAAAAGAACCAGUAGCCUACCCGCGUGUGGGUCAACUUACGAGCCAGAGUGUGAUGACAGCCUACAACCCUCAAUUGGAAUGCGAUUUGAUAGCUGGGAGGCAGGUUUGGCAUUCUAUAGAAUGUAUGCUCAUGAGGUUGGCUUCUCUGUACAUAUAUGGACACAACACAAAUGAGAGGGUGGUGUAAUAAUCUGGAAGAAGUUUGUUUGUGCAAGACAAGGUUGGAGGAAGAGAAAAUCAGUGGAUCUAGGUCAAGUUACUCAAGAAGUGGGGAGAAAAAAGGCUAAAAGAAAUAUCAAGAUAAGCAGAUGCGGUUGCGAGGCUAUGAUGGGAUUGAAGAGGCAAGAUGACAACAAGUACGAGGUCGUCCAGUUUGUUCAAUCGCACACGCACCAACUUGUCUCACCAAGUAAGAGGCAUCUCAUCAGGUCAAAUAGAGAGGUAACUAGUGAUUUGAGAAACAAAUUAUUUACAUGCAGUAAGGCAUUGCUUGGCACUUCAAAAACUUUUCGCUUGCUUAGCAUAGAGAAGGGUGGGCCAGAAAAUAUCGGUUGCACAAAACGUGACUUACAAAACUGUCAGCGUGAUUUCAAGGCAGCGAUUAAGGGAGCAGAUGGACAACUUAUAGUAGAUAUAAUGGAAAAUAAAAAAAAGGCCAAUCCAGCAUUCUAUUUUGAUUACCAGGUAGAUGAGAACAAUAAACUGACAAAUAUUUUCUGGGCUGAUAGUAUAUGUAGAAAGAACUAUUCAUUAUUUGGUGACGUUGUAUCCUUCGAUUCUACAUAUCGGUUUAACAAGUAUGACCUGGUAUUUGCCCCU